AUGUCACAACCUAUAUUUCAAAAGACUUACAAUUUGAAUAUUCAACUGAAAUCUAUAAAAUCAGAACUUUUUCAAAAUGAAAAUAUUAGGUUUCUCUCUACAAACCAGAAAUUUCAGUUAGAAGAGUUAAAUAAGAAAUUAAAAUGUUCUCAAGCUAUUGUUGGAUUAAAUCAAAAUAAUGAAGUUUGUGCUAUUUUCAAAUUAAGAAAUUUGAUUAAUGGGAUUUAUUUGUGGAUAUCAAAUGAAUGGAGUCAGUGUGAUUGGAUGGAUCCAGUAACAUAUAGUAAUUAUCACAAUGAAUUUAUGUUUUAUCACAUACAAUCAUCAAAACAAGGUGUUUCACGUGAAUUUUUUGUGAGAGAGUGUCAUUCAUUAAAUCUAAAAUAA